AUGAGGGAUGCAACAGUGUUGAUGGAGAUCGGAGCUUGUAUAUGUGUGCAUGACAAGAAUCCAUUUGAGAAAAUCGAAGAAGGGUUAGCUAGGGCGAGAGCUGCGAUAAGAGAAGCAGGUCGAUCAAAACGAUACACACCAUACAGAAAGGGAGGUUUUGUGCCCCGAGGAUCCGUUUACAUCAACCCUUAUUCCUUUCAUCAGAGCCACAUAGAGAUGGAGAAGCUAUUUCGAAUUUGGCCAUACAAGGAAGGAGAGCCACCACUCUUCUACAACGGUCCAGUGAAUGACAUAUACUCCAUCGAAGGACAGUUCAUGGAUGAACUCAGGAAGAGCCCUUUUGCAGCAAAAGACCCUAACGAGGCCAUUGCCUUCUAUCUUCCCAUCAGUGUUGUCAACAUUGUGAGAUACGUUUAUAGGCCUUACACCACAUACUCACGCCUACGGCUUCAGAACAUCAUCGAGGACUACAUUGGCAUCAUGGCAAAGAGAUACCCAUACUGGAAUAGAAGUAAUGGGGGAGAUCAUUUUCUUGUUUCCUGCCAUGAUUGGGCACCGGAUGUUUCAGUUGGAAACCCUAAGCUUUUCAAGAACUUCGUUAGAGUACUCUGCAAUGCCAACUCCUCAGAAGGCUUUCAACCAAUCCGAGACGUCUCCUUACCCGAAAUCAAAAUCCCUUUCGGCAAACUUGGUCCACCCCUCCUCAAGCACCCCCCAGAAAACCGAUCAAUCUUCGCCUUCUUCGCGGGUGGUGCUCAUGGACAUGUGAGAAGGCUUCUCUUCCAGCACUGGAAAAACAAAGACGGUGAGAUCAAAGUCCAUGACUACCUCCCCAAAACACAAAACUACACAGAGCUUAUGAGCAAGAGUAAGUUUUGUUUGUGCCCUAGUGGGUACGAAGUUGCGAGCCCUAGGGUCGUCGAGUCAAUUUACACGGGAUGUGUUCCGGUUAUCAUUUCGGAUUCUUAUGUGCUCCCGUUCAGUGAUGUUCUUGAUUGGAGCAAGUUUUCGAUUCAUGUUUCGGUGGCAAAGAUACCGGAGCUGAAGUCGAUUCUGCAAACAAUUUCUGAGCAUGAGUAUGUGAAAAAGCAAAAGAGGGUGAUGCAAGUGCAGCGACACUUCGUGCUGAACCGGCCGUCGAGGCCGUUUGAUAUGUUGCAUAUGGUGAUGCACUCAGUUUGGCUCAGGAGGCUUAAUUUGAGGUUGUUGGGGUAA